CAGCUUUCAAAACAGUUUUAGGAAAGCACAUGCAGUGUUUGAAGACUAGACUGCAACAACAAUUUCUUGGUCAAGGAACAGAGAAACAGGGGAAAUGGUGUAAGAGGAGAGGGAUUCUCUGUCAUAAGUGUAUACAGUCAGCUCUGUGUUCUGUUUGGGCAACUCGGGCAGGCUGUGACUUAAAUCUGUGUAGUUGUAGGGACAGUAGUACUUUUUGUGGUCUGUAAUUUCAGUUCUAGGACCAUCUUUACAGCAGUGUGCAAAAGCAGCAGUACUGCCUUCAGCAUCAGUUGAAGCCUAGAAGAGUUUAAUUGCUCUUCCAGGACAGGUACUUUGCGACCCAUUUCUCCAUGGCGCUGGCUUUUUUCAGUCUUGGUUCCUCUAAUGAUUGCUACACAGGGUUUUAAGAAGAAGAGUCUUGAUCACAGUGGUGCGUUGGGAGGAUUGGUGGUUGGAUUUAUCCUCACAGUUGCAAAUUACAGUUUCUUCACCUCUUUGUUUGUAUUUUUUGUUACUUCUUCAAAACUUACUAAAUGGAAAAAAGAUACAAAGAAGCAAAUAGAUUCAGAAUACAAAGAAGGUGGACAGAGGAAUUGGGUACAAGUAUUCUGUAAUGGUGGUGUUCCUACUGAGCUGGCUGUCUUAUACAUGAUAGAAAAUGGACCGGGUGAAAUUCCUAUUGACUUCUCAAAGCAAUACACAGCAUCAUGGAUGUGCUUAUCCCUUUUGGGAGCUUUGGCAUGCUCUGCUGGUGAUACAUGGGCUUCGGAGAUUGGUACUGUUAUGAGUAAAAGCAAGCCAAGGUUGAUAACAACCUGGGAGAAGGUUCCAGUAGGUACCAAUGGUGCAGUUACUUUAGUGGGCCUGCUCUCAAGUUUGCUUGGGGGCAUGGUGGUAGGUAUAGCCUACUUUAUAACACAACUCAUUUUCGUGACUGAUCUGGAAAUAUCUGCUCCGCAAUGGCCCAUUAUUGUGUUUGGUGCAGCAUCUGGCUUACUGGGAUCAAUUGUUGAUUCAUAUUUGGGAGCUACUAUGCAAUACAGUGGUUUUGACCAGAAUAUUGGCAUGGUUGUCAACCACCAAACAAAAGACUCCAAGCACAUAUCUGGAAAACCUAUAUUAGACAACAACACAGUAAAUCUUUUUUCUUCUAUAAUCAUUGCCUUGGUGCUUCCAGGUGUGGCAUGGUUUUUCUGGCCUAGGGGUUGAUGUGGUUUAAGGUUUUCUGCAUGUGAUUCAUUUAUGUUCAGUCUUACUCAAAGACUCUGAAGAGUUCUCUUCAAACCCUCUUGAAAAGAGGGAUCUGAAACUUUCAAAGAGCCAGAGGACUUUCCAUCUCAAUUUAGUAAGGCUGUAAGCUUCAUAUGGCAAUCAGCAUCUCUCAGGGCAAGGAAGGGAUUUUGUCAGUAUGCUCUUGCUGCUCUUCAGAUGGAUGUAGAUCAUUGCCAAGUGAGGUGAAGCACUUAAUUUAUUCUCAUGGAGCUGAAGGGUUGGUGUCCUGUGUUCUUGCCAAUCCCCAGCAUCUGGAAGGUCAAGAAGCUGGAAACAGAAGUCCAAUCUACAGCAGUCAGUGUGACAGAGAAUUGUCCAAGCCAGAGACAAAGUACGCUGCAACUUUAUGUAGGCAGUGGUAACAUGGGUGAAAUGGGUGAAUUCCGAUAUCUUCCAUAAUCUACAGUACAUAAGGUUUUAUGGAAAUAUUUUUUGGGGGGUGUGGGGGAAGAGAUGAGUAAGCCUUGUUGCCUAUUCUGUAUCCUGAUGCUAUCUGCAAUUCCAUGAGAAUAGGGUUCGUAAAAGUAAUUCUAGUACAUAAUGUUUGAAGCAAAAGACUGAAUUUAAAAUAAAAGGUUGCUAGUUUUUCCAGUAAGAAUAAUAGAUGUCUGUGGGGUUUUUGACAUCUUUAAUUUCAAAACUAAUAAUAUUUAUGAUUGUCAAUACUGUGGUACUUAGUAAAUUAUCUAAAAUUAAAGAUUACAGUUGUGAAUUGGCAUUCAUGUCUUUAGAAAUAGAACAUUUUUUUCUGUAAGCACAGGAUUGUCCCAUAAGGUUUAGCAAAUUAUACUCCUUUUUUUUUUUUUUCUCAGCAGUGGAAGUAUUUUCUGUUUUGUUUGGGUUGCUAUUCAGAGACAAUGGCCUCAGCCAAAGAAGCUACAGAGGUUAUCCUCAUAGUGCGUGGGGAAAGUCUCACUUCUAAACCAUUUAAAAAUGGGAAUUCAACUUUUGGUGCUCAGGCUCCAAUGUUAGGUGAUUGAUUCCAUCUUCCAUCGUUAAUUUUUAAAAGGGUGGAAGUGAUUUAGCCAGCACAGAUUGUAGUUAGAGUAACACUCAUAAGAAUCUGUCACUGUCAACAUUCAGAAGGUAGGGCCCAUACUGUUAACUUAGAAAAAGCUUUUUUCUUUUAGAGAAAGGCAAGUAUUAAAUAUUUGAAUUUUUUUUUUUACAAAUGUAUUGUGUGUAUUGCCUGUCUUAAUUCAUUUGACUUUUGUAUUAUGUCACGUUCUAUGGGAAUAUUUAAAAAUUUUAACACCUUCCAUGUCAAGUUUAGUCUUUUGAAUUUAGCACUGGAACUAGUUCCCUGUAUAUCCUAUUACAAAGCUGAGAUUUCAAAGUAGUAAAAGCUUUCUGAAAAGAACAAACUGUGUAGUUGCUGUAUGUGUGUUCCUGUGGAAAGGCACAAAAUUAUAAAAGGAAUAUAUGCACUUAAACUGUAACAAUAAACACUUGAGAUUUUUAUGCAUUGUUUGGAUUUAUAAUGCUUCUAAAUAAACACUUGAUUAGUCAUCUUUUAA